AUGGAAAAUUCAAUUUCAAAAAUACCAAAUGAUCUUCCUGCUGCACGAAAGCAGUAUCAAGAAUUGUUAGAAUAUGAGCGAAAGUUAAAUAAACUUUUCAGAAUGCUUGAUGGAUUUAUAAAGGAGGGUAAACGAGGAGACUUAACGGAUGAAUAUUUAGCAGAUCUAAGGAAAAGGGCGGACAAGACAAGAAGAAAUAUGCUGGCUGAUAGGAACGCUUUGCAAGAAAAGUUCAAAGAACUUCAACAGGAUACAAUUCUACAAAGUAAGAUGGCAUAAAAUAAUUAUCGCAUAUGUAUGUUACAAAAUAGACUGGGAGGUUGUAAAAACGCGUACAAAUAGUUGAUAUUCAAUAAGUAGUAUUUAUCGCGUAUAAGCGACGUCGUAAACAUCGAAAGAAAGCAAACACACCAUUUAUUUUUGCUGUAUAACUGGACAAUGGAAAUUGUUGUGUACAAGUAUUUGUUAAGGCCUAUAAAUUCCACUUCACACUUAUGCGAAAAUUUUCUCACGUAGUGAUUUCCACAGUAGAGAAAAACUUCGCCAAAACACAAGCAUUUGAUUGGCUUCCCUAUUUUGUCAUCCAAAACACAAGCAUUUGAUUGGCUUCGCAAUUUCCAUUUCACAACGGAAUAGAAACGAAUUCAGCUACCCGGCGAAGAGAAAUAUUUCGCAGAGAAACACUCCAAAAUCAUGUUGCGCAUGCGUUCAAUCUUUUCGCGCGAUAUUUUUCGCAUGUCGCUCAGUGAACUCUCUCUUUAUAUAUAUAUAUAUCUAUAUAUAUAUAUAUAUAUAUAUAUAUAUAUAGAGAGUUCACUGAUGUCGCUAGACGUGGAAUUAGGCCUUUAUGUAUAAAGGAAUAUGAUUGGUCCAGUUUUUCUUAGUUUUUCCUAUCCGGACAGUUUUCGAACUCAAUAGAGAAUAAAAUAAAAAAGAAAUUGCAUCAACCUCUAAGAUUUGACAUGCACCGUGUACAGCUACAUAUACACGCCGAAAAAGCUACCUAUAAAAGAAGCGUGUAAAACAUUCUGCUACACUCGUGUUUACACGCUUCUCUCGUAUAUAUUCUCCCAACAUUCUCCAUUCAUGACCACUGGCCACUGACCACAACUGAUACAAUAUUUUUACGCCUUAAAAAUGGUUUCUUUGCCGAUCGCAUAUUACGAUUUUAUUCAUAAAAAAACUGCUUUUUUAAACAGCAAAGUUCAUAAACAGCAACUAAAGUUGAGAAAAUGUGUUUAGAAUCUCCAUUUUCCAAUCUAUUACUAUCGUGAAAUACGAAUUAGAACAUUUAAAACCGCAUCUUCACUGUCCAGUCAGUAGAAAAGCGUUGAUUGAAUCAAAACACAUUCGCGAUAGCCAGUCAACACAAACCUGUUCUUUCGUAGCAACACUGAAUUUUUCAACUCCGAAGCUUUUCAUUCUUACGCUAUCCAGCUGAGACCAUGUAUUCGAAAAACGCAUAUACUGUUUUACUGAAAAACCUUUUUUUUCGUUCGUUUCUGGCCAGUUUUCAUAUUUGUGUUUUCUUUCAACUUUCCAAUUUUUGUUAAGCUCAUUUCGAUUACACAACGGCACACACCGUCACUGAUCUCAAGUUAAUUCUCAACACAAUGUAUGUAAGUUUGGUAACUUUAAUUUUACCUCGCUUUUCCAUGCCCUUCCACACUUUUCCCCCCUCCACCCGUAAAUAACAUGUAUUUAUUUAAAUUCCAAAGGUCCUGAACAGUAGAAGAUUAGUUAUAACCAAACUGAUAUAUUUCGUUGAUACCUUGAUCUUCUCAAUUAGUGAUGAAGUUUUCAGAGUUGAUUCUAAAGGCUGUUUAUUGCUUUACGUUACGUAGGUGAAAGAAAUAAGAAUGUUGACUUUAAAAAAAAUCCACUGAAGUUGAUUCCCAAGCAGUCUCCAGUACAGAAAAUCCUAACGGCAAAAACCACCUCAUUCCCAGUGGUAUCAUUCCUCAAAGUUAAACUUGUUCAAAUUGCUCCAAUGCGGGAAAUACUACGAAUCGAGAAUGUUUCAUUAUUGGAAACACAAGAACUUCUGCCAUUUAAGCCGACAGUAAAAAGAGUCCUUAGUUGUGGAAUCCACGAAUGUAUUCAGACUAUGAGUCGUGGAAAUGAAGGGAAGUAUUCCUUACAUGUGUCGAGCGAGACCGGGGCUCCACGUGUAAGUCUGAAUUUCUCUCUUUCCACGGCAAGUAGUCUGAAUUUUUCUAUCUCCACGGCAAGAAGUCUGGAUCUUCCUUGUGCUUUCACAACUACUCGCCAACGAAUGAUGUUAACAUCAACAGCAUCAAAUAUACAGCAAUCAUGUGCACUAGAAGAGCUGAUACCCUUAGAGCAAGGACCUGGGACUCUACUGGUGGUGAAACAACCAUCCGCAACGAGUUGGACACUGCCACCCUCAUCAAAACCAUUAUCAAACUGUUUGUUAAUAAACAUGCGACAAGCAUCAUCUCUGCUUUCUGCAUUCUUGUCACUGCAACAAUUGAUGCGUCGUCUGGAUUUUCCUUGUGCUUUCACAACUAAUCGCCAACAAAUGAUGUCAACAUCAACAGCAUCAAAGAUACAAGAACCACAUGCACUAGCAGAGCUGAUGCCCUUAGAGCAUGGACCUGGGACUCUAAUGGUAUUGAUUAAAUCAUCCGCAGCGAGAUGGAACUCACUGUCAGUCAGUGUACGUACACUGCCAGCCUCACGCAAACCACCACUGUUUCCUGCAUUUUUACCAGAGGAUGCUUCAAACUGUUUGUUGACAAGUAUGCCACUACAUACAUCUUUGGUUUCUGCACUUUCGUCACUGCAACAACUGAUGCGUCGAGAGUUGCCAUCAAUAAUGGAUUUACCUCUAGUAAGAGCUCUACGACAAUCAUCAUCACGUUUUCCUGUAGUAUUCUCAACGUUAUUACCAGAGGAUGCUUCAAACUGUUUGUUGAUAAAUAUGCCACAACACACAUCUUUGGUUUCUGCACUUUCGUCACUGCAACAGUCGAUGCGUCGAGAGUUGCCACCAAUAAUGGAUUUACCUCUAGUAAGAGCUCUACCACAAUCAUCAUCACGUUUUCCUGCAGUAUUCUCAACGUUAUUACCAGAGAAUGCUUCAACAACUGCGAUAAAUUAUGGUAUCAAGAUAAACAGGGUACCAAGAGAAACAUUACCGUUGUCAAUAGUGACUGUACCACCUCAAGCAAGACCACACAGUACAGAUGAAGAUAGUUUGGCGAUCUUAAAUCAUUCUGAACAAAUUAGUCAUGAGUUACCAGAUUCAAGCCGCAGCGAGAUAGUUGAAGUCACUGAUGUUGAUGAACCCUUUAAAACAUCUGAUAUUCAGGAGACUUCUGCUUUCAAGUCAGGUAUGUAGUAUUCUUUGAAUUUAGACAGAAACGCAGUAUAUUUGAACAGGUCGAACCAGGAGUUGGGCUGAUAUAAAGACGAAAUCCUUGUCAGCCAAACUAUGCUUGGUGAAAAUUCUAGCCAGGUGCCUAUUUGUAUAUCCAGUUAGUAUAGUCUGGUUAUUUCAAAAAAGAGCGUCUGGCUAGAUCCUGUCAAACCCUGCUUAGACCUGAAAUAUGAUGCGAAUGGAGCUGGUUUGCAAGUUUUGCCCACUUUGUUUCACGUUCAUAUCUAAAAGAUUGUUCCAAGUCGGUAGAACUGUGCAUGUUAGGCCGAGAUCAAACGAGGAUGAGAGUUACGCAGUCACCUGACCUUGGUUAGCUGCUUUUAAUGAUUUCCCAACACUAUCAUGUAUUAUUCCACAUAAGUUAAAACAUAGUUGGAACACCAAAGAAAACUUUAUUUUGUUAAUUAAUCUAGAGCUAGGAAUGCCCCUCGUAAGAAAGCGUGAUUGCCAACUCUCAUUAACCGCAAUCCUUGUUUGAUCCGCACGAAGCUGAAUGGUUAACAUGCUUAGUCAUGGACUUGGAACAAUCCGGUGGGAUGGGUUCGUGUUGGUAAUGCAUUAUGUUGACGUUUAUAGGUGUGUUGUGUUGUGUUGUGUUGUGUUGUGUUGUGUUGUAAAUUAACCAAAUCCCAAUACGCUGUCAUUUGUGAAAAACGUCAAGCAUUGUCUAGUUGUCAAAACAAAAUAUUGCAUGAAUUUGAAUGAUCGACUUUACGAUUGUUUUCAAUUCUUUAUCUUAGGUUGUAGUGAAACAGAAAGCAACAUGUCGGGAAGCAAGAAAAUGAAAAAGCGAUCGAUUUGUAGACGAAUUCUUGCACUGUUCACUUGCUGCUUCCGCAAGCAAAGACAACGAAAGUGA